GUCGAGUCCCAAUCGUUGGAGACUCAGGCAUUGUUCGCACUCACAUGUCAACGUUGGAAUGGAGAGGGCGAACCUAAGUGCAAUUCGACAGUAGUGGACUCCAUUGAGCAGACUCUGCUCAACAAUAUUCGAGUACAGGGCCGUACCGCAUACAUUGCCUACGAAGGCGGACAGUCCGCGGCACUCACCACCACUGCGCUGGCGUUGAGCUAUUUCGCUACACCCAAGGAAGACGCACAAGUGGUGGACAAUAUGGACAAACUGGCCAACUUUGUGGCCCAGUUGGGAGACCCUGAGUCUGGUACGAGUGCGAGUGCGUCGCAGAUGCUACUGAGUAUGCAAGCCUUGGGCGACUAUGACAUGGCUACAGACAGUUCGGAACCCGACUUAAAGGUGACUAUCGAACAGGGCAGUAAUACGAUCUUAAACGAGCAAUUCGAUUCCGAAAGUAAUCAAACAG